AGUUCUGCCAGUGCAGCUACCAAGAGCAAAACUACGAAUUAUUGUAACGGCGCUAAUUUUAAAAUGAACCAUAUUUAUGUCUACAAACUUAUACAUUUUUAUUCCCAAUGAUGUACGACUAUUUCCACCUUUUGGAUAUGAAACAAGCGUAUCCCAUACUUGUUUCCAUAAGAUUAAAAUUAUUGCUACUAUAAUAAUUUUCAUUAUUUUUAAUUACUUCUAAUAGCUUAACAUAUGUUAAAAAUUACAUCAUUUAUCGGGAUGUACAUUUAUUAUUAGAUUAAAAUUGGCCCAAUUUUGAAAAAAGCAAAUACUUUUCUUAUGAUUAUUUUGUACAAUAUCUGGAUAUUCAUUGGUGUAAUAUUUUCAAUUAUAUAGUGCCGACAUUCGGAAAGUAAACCAUGAGUAUACGAUGAUACGUACUAGAACUUACUAGAGAACUCUUUACUCAACAAAUACGUAAUAUUGAAGCAUGUGGCGAAGCCGCUUGUAAAAACGCCAAUAACCUAAAAGAUUCAUAAAUAUUGAAUCAUGGAAAAUGAAAAUCAAGCUGAAACUUUCAAAGAAGAAGGAAAUGUUGCAUUUAAGAAUGGUGAUUGGGAAACAGCAAUUAUUUUGUAUACAAAAGCGAUAAAUAUAACUAAUGAAGAAACCAGAAAUUUAUCAAUAUAUCUUAAGAACCGAGCUGCUGCAUAUUUGAAGAUAGAAAAGUAUGAAGCUGCUUUAAAUGACUGUGAUAAAAGUUUAAAAAUUGUAACAACGGAUCCAAAAGCUCUUUUUAGAAGAUGUCAAGCUUUGGAAGCCUUACAAAGAUAUGAAGAAGCAUAUAGAGACGCAACGCAAAUAUUUAAAGAUGAUCCUACAAAUAAAACUAUUCAACCGAUAUUGCAAAGACUAUUCAAAAUUGUACAAGAAAGGGCACGACAAAAUGAACUACUAAGUAGCAAACUGGAGAGCAUGUUAAAAAUUGCUUUUGAUUUGAGUGAAACUAUUGAGAAAAGGGAAACUGCCAUGAAUAAUUUACUUGUAUUGGCAAGACAAUCUUCAGGGGCUGAACUGAUGAUGAAAUCCACAAUAGUGCAACAAGUUAAAAAUCUUAUCAAGGUAGACAAAAACAGAGUAAUUACAACUGCCGGCAUUCGAAUCAUCGGCGAACUUUGUAAACACAACGAAACGCGUACCAAAAAGGUUCUAGAAAUCGUUGGUUUGCCUUGGUUCCUGGAAAUCCUCGAUUCAGAAGAUGCAAAUCGAGUUAAUGUAGUUGAACAUUGUAUGCAAACUAUCAUUAAUGCAUUUUCCGGAAUGGAAAACAAACGGGAUACCAAACCAAAAAAAGAACUAAUCGAUAGAAAUAAAAAACAAAUAGAUACUCUUUUAACUUGCCUUGUAUACGCUCUAAAUAACAGAUUAAUUUCUGGUUUAGCUAGAGACGCAUUGAUUGAACUUAUCAUGAGGAAUAUUAAUUACGAUCAACUUUCUUGGGCCGAACAAUUGGUGAACAUAGGAGGAGUGGAAAGAUUAAUGGAAUGCGCCAGCGAGCUUGAAGAAUACAAAUAUGAGAGCUCCAUGAACAUAACAUCGUCUACAAGAACCGUCGCAGCCGUAUGCUUGGGAAGAAUUUACGAAAACAUGUACUAUGAUGCUUUGAAAGAAAAAUUUAGGGAAAAAAUUGAGAAUUUUAUCAAAGAUAAGCUGUUGACACCAGAUAUAGAGUCUAAGGUUCGGGUUACUGUCGCUUUAACUGCGCUAUUAAGAGGACCUUUGGAUGUUGGAAACGCUUUUAUAGGCAAAGAAGGUAUCAUGGAAAUGAUUCUGGUUAUGGCAAAUACAGAAGACGAGUUGCAACAAAAAGUUGCAUGCGAGUGUAUUAUAGCAGCAGCUAGUAAGGCCGAUAAAGCUAAAGCUAUUAUAAGUCAAGGAAUUAACAUUUUAAAACAGCUGUAUAAAUCGAAAAAUGACCAUAUAAGGAUAAGAGCUUUAGUUGGAUUGUGUAAAUUGGGCAGUUCUGGUGGUACAGAUGCAUCUUUGAAACCGUUCGCCGAAGGUUCGUCGUUAAAAUUAGCGGAAGCUUGCAGACGAUUUCUUUUGCAUCCAGGCAAGGAUAACGAUAUUAGAAAAUGGGCAGCGGAAGGUUUGUCCUAUCUAACAUUAGAUGCCGAAGUAAAAGAAAAACUAAUAGAAGAUAAACCCGCUCUACAGGCGCUCGUAGAACUUGCUAAAACAGGCGAUCAAUCAGUUCUAUUCGGAGUUAUAACAACUUUAGUUAAUCUAUGUAACGCUUACGAUAAGCAAGAAGUUAUUCCAGAGAUGCUGGAAUUGGCUAAAUUUGCCAAACAACAUAUUCCAGAAGAACACGAAUUGGACGAUCCGGAUUUCGUGACGAAGCGAAUAUUAAUACUUGGACAUGCCAAUGUCACCACAGCUUUAGUAUCGUUAGCAAAAACAGAAAGCGAUCACUCAAAAGAAUUAAUAGCCAGAGUAUUUAACGCUAUGUGCAGUGAACAAGAGUUGAGAGGGGUAGUUGUCGCUCAGGGUGGCAGUAAAGCAUUACUAUCCCUAGCUUUAAACGGUACUGAAAAGGGAAAAAGACAAGCAGCUCAAGCUUUAGCGAGGAUAGGUAUUACUAUGAAUCCCGAAAUAGCAUUUCCAGGACAAAAGAGCUUGGAAGUAAUUCGACCAUUACUCAAUUUGUUACAUCCGGACUGUACUGGUUUGGAAAACUUUGAGGCUCUUAUGGCUCUUUGCAAUAUGGCUCAGGUUAGCGAAACGGCUAGGAUAAGAAUAAUUAAGGAAGGAGGAUUUGGAAAAAUCGAACAAUAUAUGUUUGAGGAUCAUCAACAAAUUUCACGAGCCGCUGUGCAGUGUAUGUGUAAUAUGACGCAAUCGGAAGAGGUUAUUAAGAUGUUUGAAGGGGAAAAUGACAGGGUCAAGUUUGCCGUAGCUUUAUGCCUUGAUGAAGACAAAGACACUGCAAUGGCAGCUGCUGGAAUGCUCGCAAUAAUAACUGGCGCAAGCAAAAAAUGUUGCGAGAAGGUUUUCGAUUCUAAAAAUUGGCUCGAUUGUCUUCAUUGUCUUUUAGCUAAUCCUUCAUUGGAUAUGCAAUACAGAGGAGUUUGUGUGACGUAUAAUAUUCUUUCGUCUUCCAAAGAGGUAGCGGAGAAAUUAAUACAGACUGAUGUUCUUGAAAUCCUAAUGGCUUUAUCGAAGUUAACUCCUUACGAUGGCCGGGAAAAAAUUGUAGAAAUUGCUGGAUUGGCCUUACAAGAAGCAGAAAAAUGGGGAGUUAUCAAAAAACCGGGAGAAGAUGACGAUUAACUUGAUUGAGAUAUUUAUAUUAUUCAUUAAUUGAUGAGUACAUUUGAUAACAAUGUAUAAAAAAGUUUUCGGGUUUGUAAAACUACCCUCUAGUAAUUGUAACCAGCAUUUAGUAUUGUACUUGUGUGUAAUCGCUUUAGUAGAUCUAUCUACUGAAUAUUUUAUUAUAUUUAUAUAAGAAUAUUUAUCGCUGUUGUUAAUAUUUUACAAAGUGCCUUGUUUAAAGAAAAAUGAAGAUUAUAUAACUUG